UAGCCGCCGCUCGCUGGCUCCCAAAUUCCUGUGUUCUUCCGUAAACCCUAGACCCUUGUAACCUUAUUUGUUUCCUCCUCUGCUCUUCCUUGUCGGCCAUUUUUGGAAUUUGGUCCCUCGAAGUUGCAUACUCUCUGCAGCCAUGACGAAGAAGGAUACGGCGAAGAAGACAGUAGCCAAGCUCAAGAAGAAUAAGCACUACAGACCUGCGGGGAAAAAGAGGGAAGGAAAUGCUGCAAGGUACAUGACACGGUCACAAGCUAUCAAGCAGCUCCAAGUUAAUCUAAGCGUCUUCAGGAAGCUCUGUAUCCUCAAAGGUGUAUUCCCCAGGGAACCAAAGAAGAAGGUUAAAGGUAAUAACCAGACUUACUAUCAUGUGAAGGACAUUGCUUUCAUACAACAUGACCCCCUACUUGAGAAGUUAAGGGAACAGAGAGCAUAUCAGAAAAAAAUACACAAGGCUUUGGCUAAGAAGAAUGAAGAUCUUGCUACCCGACUUCGAACUAGAGAGCCAAGUUACACUCUGGACAGGCUGAUCCGGGAAAGGUAUCCCAAGUUUGUUGAUGCACUCCGGGACUUGGAUGAUUGUCUCUCGAUGGUGCAUCUGUUUGCAGCAUUGCCCGCUGUAGAGAGGUUGAAAAUCAAUGUGGAGCGGGUCCACAGUUGUAGAAGGUUGAGUCAUGAAUGGCAAGCUUAUGUUGCUCGCUGUCAUAAAUUACGGAAGGUGUUUGUAUCAGUAAAAGGCAUAUAUUAUCAGGCUGAAGUUGAAGGCCAGAAGAUUACAUGGCUGGCUCCUCAUGCUAUGCAACAAGUUCUGCCGGAUGAUGUCAACUUCAGUGUCAUGUUAACUUUUGUUGAGUUCUAUGAGACUCUUCUUGGCUUCGUCAAUUUCAGGCUGUACCAUUCCAUCAGUGUGAAGUAUCCACCUAUUCUUGAUCCCAGACUAGAAGCUCUGGCAGCAGGUCUGUUCUAUCUUUAUGCUCUCACAAGAUAUAUGAACGGUAAUACUAAGCGUAUUAGUGAAGAACAAGAGUCCGGUUCCACUAAACCAGAGCACACUAGAGGCCAACUAGAAGGGGCACAGUUUGAAGAGUCCGAGUUAAGACUUUCCCAACUUCAGCAUCAACUUCCUUCAAAUGAAGACAGGGCAUUGAUGCACCUUAUUGAAGAAGACGAUGAUAAUGAUGAUGAUGAGGAUACCAAGAAGUGUAAGAAACUCUUCAAGAACAUGAAGUUCUAUUUAAGCCGUGAGGUCCCUCGGGAGUCUUUGCUUUUCGUCAUUCCUGCUUUCGGUGGUGUUGUCUCAUGGGAAGGAGAUGCAGCUCCUUUUACUGAAGCCGACCAAAGCAUUACACAUCAGAUUGUUGACAGGCCUAGUCAAGGUCACAUGUACCUCUCUCGGGAAUAUAUUCAACCUCAAUGGAUUUAUGAUUGCAUAAAUUUCGGGGUCAUAUUAGAGGCACAUAGAUAUCUGGUUGGAAGGGUUCCUCCUCCGCAUUUGUCUCCUUUCGUUGAUAAUGAAGCAGAGGGUUAUUUCCCUGACUAUGCGGAGACCAUCAAACGCUUUGAGGCUGCUGCCAAAAAUGAAGUCCUCCCUAUGCCAGGUGUGGGGAAGGAUGACUUAGAUGAUCCUCAACUCUUGUUGGCUGAAGGAUAUCUUAGUCGAACUGAGGCUAUUGAAGUUGCUGAGAGAAAGAAAGAGAGGGCAACUUCGGAGAAGCAGUAUCUUGAAGACCUUAAACAAGAAGUACAGGGUCACCCUGAUGCUACUGCAUCUAUCGCUGUUGAGGGCGCUCAAGUCGAGGAAGAGUCUUCUCGUCCCCACUUGGAACAGGUUGCUGAAGACACUGAUGGAACUGCUUUGAUGAUGAUGUCACGUAGAAAUAGAGGACUUUUUAAAGCCAUGAAGAUUGCUAAGGAUAAAAAGAAGGCCAAAGUCGAGAAGCUCAAGCAGCGGAAAAAGCAAAUUGCUGAGAGUACCUAAGGGUGCAGAUGAGGAGCCUUGGCAACUCAAUACAGUUUUGUUCACAUGGUGAAGUUCCCCAAUCUGCUAUAGUUCUCUUUCUAUGCAGUUAUGCUCACUCGUGCUUUUGCAAUCUUGGUUAAAUUGUCUACCAGUAAAACCAAUCUAUAUUGAAGCUUUGUUCAUGUCUUUAAUCUGUAGUCACAGUACUGGCUCUUACAGGGCCUCCUUUCACAUGCUUCUGAAUCAUGUAAUUCAGUAACUGUUGUCAUUAUGGUCAGCUUUGUGAUUCUGUUCCGCCAUCUUUUGUUCUCUUUGUUUUUGAAUGGUUAGUUCUAUUUUUAGUU